CAACGCGCGAGCGCGGCCAUCGCAGUUCAGUUCAGUUCACCUCGUUCAUUCGCGGAGGAGACAUGGCUCUAGUGAGAUUACGGACUAGUGAAUUGUUUCUAUUAUUAUUUUUAAUAAUUAACACGUGCGCCGUGACACCGCCAUGGAUAUUUUCUGUGAAGCCAAACUCUAAGAUAUGUGAUAAUAAUAAUUGUGUGUAUAAUUUGAAUGUGAACGCGAAGAAUGUUGAUGAGUGGUCACUGACACUGCACCCGGCAUCGGAACGAAAAUGUGAUUCGUAUUUUGUGAGUAAAUCUUUUGAGAACGUCGAUGUUGACGUUCCAAAUGAUGGCAGACCGGUGUAUUUCUGUGUUAAAAGUAAUGGUGAAUGGCAUCAACAAGGCGAGGCGGAAUACUUGGAUACUUAUGCCAUCCAGCCAGAUGAAAUACCAGAAGAAUACCCGAGCAAACCAAACGAAUACUCAUUGGAUGAACUCAAAAUUGAUCCCCAAUCUUACACAAAUUUAGUAAGAGAACGUCGUCAAGUAGAAGAUACUGUAGCUGAUGAAGUAACCACAGCAGCACCAGCCCCAAGCCCUGAAGGAACGGAGGAAGGAAAUGGAGAAAUAACGCCAACAAAUACUUCGGAGACAAGCUUAGGGCCGAAGGUCACAGUGGUACCUUCAGGACCUCUCAGGUUAAUGGGUUUGAGGGUCGAGGAGUCUGACAAGGAGCCGAAGAUAGUUGAUGAGCUGAUCCCAAGUGUGUUGACGCAGACGAAUUUCAUUCUGAGGUUGUUCGGUGAAGGCUUCACUAAUGAUACUACGAUUGCUUUCACACAUACUCCAGCUAAUUAUGGAAGUACUUGCGAUCAUUUAUUGAAUGGCGAAUAUAAGGUACUCUACACCGAAACCGACUCAGCACUACUCCAACUAGUCGCACCUCAACCCCUCGACGACUACAAAUUCUACAUCUGCGCUCGCAACUCCGUCAACGAACAUUUCAUCCAUCAAGGCCAAGAAAAAUGGAAGAUUUUGGCCACACACAACAAGCUAUUACCCCUCUGGGUCUCUCUCAUCCUUAUCGUCGUCCUCCUAAUGCUUGCCUCCCUCUUCUCCGGUCUGAACCUUGGUCUCAUGGCCCUGGAUCGCACUGAGCUAAAGAUUAUUGCUAACACGGGUACAGAAAAAGAGAGGAAAUACGCCAGAGCCAUCAUGCCGGUCAGAGCCCAUGGCAACUACCUUCUCUGCACCAUUCUGCUCAGUAACGUCGCUGUUAACAGCACUUUUACUGUCAUCCUGGAUGAUUUGACGUCUGGUCUGGUUGCUGUCAUCGGGUCGACAUUGGCUAUUGUGUUUAUUGCUGAGAUUACGCCUCAAGCUGUUUGUGCCAGACAUGGACUGUUUGUGGGUGCUAAGAGUAUCUGGAUUAUGAAGAUCGUGAUGGGUAUAUGCGCGCCCCUGGCUUGGCCGACCAGCAAGCUUCUGGAUUACUUCUUAGGAGAGGAAAUUGGAACACAUUACAAUAGAGAAAGGCUGAAGGAACUUGUCAGAGUAACAGACCAUGUGAAUGACCUUGACAAGGAGGAGGUGAACAUCAUCUCCGGAGCCCUCGACCUUCGGAAGAAGAAGGUCAAGGACGUCAUGACCAAGCUGAAGGACUGCUUCAUGCUGCCCAUCAACAGUGUGCUGGACUUUGAGACCAUGUCUGAGAUUGUUAAAUCUGGCUACUCCCGUAUCCCAGUCUACGAGGGCAGCCGCGGCAACAUCAUCACGGUGCUGUUCAUCAAGGACCUCGCCUUCGUGGACCCUGACGACAACACGCCGCUGCGCACUCUCUGCCAGUACUACCAGAACCCCUGCAACUUCGUCUUCGAAGAUGUCACUCUCGAUGUCAUGUUGAAGCAGUUUAAAGAAGGACACAAAGGUCACAUGGCAUUCGUCCAGCGCAUUGAGGAGGGUGACGGCGACCCGGUCUACGAGACCGUCGGUCUGGUGACCUUGGAGGACGUCAUCGAAGAGAUGAUACAAGCCGAGAUCGUGGACGAGACAGAUGUCAUCAGCGACAACCGCACCAAGAAGCGCCUGAUGCGCCCCCUCAACAAGUUCCAGGACCUGGCCGCCUUCGCUGGUCAUCAUGAGCACCAGCGCGUCCACGUGUCUCCACAGCUGGUGCUAGCCACCUUCCAGUUCCUGAGUACCAGUGUCGAGCCAUUCCGCUUCGACCACAUCUCGGAGACGGUCCUGCGUCGUCUGCUGAAGCAGGACGUCAUCCAGCACAUCAAGCUACGAGGAGACGAAGACAAGAACGACCCCAAGAGAUACGUCUUCUCUGAGGGGAAACCGGUGGACUACUUCGUGCUGAUCCUGGAGGGCCGCGUGGAGGUGACGGUGGGCCGCGAGAACCUCGUGUUCGAGGCCGGGCCCUUCACCUACUUCGGGGUCCAGGCCCUCACGCAGAACGUCGGCCUCGCGGAAGCCCCGGCCCCGUCGUCGCUGGGCUCGCUGCAGAACCUCAACAUGGACUCGAUGCUGCGCCACUCCUUCGUGCCGGACUACUCCGUCAAGGCCAUCGCAGAGUUAUACUACCUCACCAUCAAGAGAUCUAUGUACUUAGCUGCCAAACGCGCCACUCUUAUGGAGAAGGGCGUGCUCGGUAGGGGAGGGACCAACGAACAGAUAGAACCGGAAGUCGACAAGCUCCUACGCGAAGGCGAAAAUCGUAUUGAGGAGAUCAGAGAAGAUGCACCUUUGGGAGACAACGCUAAACCGUUCGUCCCGUCAUCAGCUAGUCCUCACACGAACGCUACCUUCAAGACAGCUGAGAAAGAACCGAAGAACCCAGAAGAAGAACGUCUUCUCAAGAAGUAAGACUUCUGAUCGACAGAAGCAAUGCAAAAGGUUUUAUAAAU